CAAGGGCGUCUCCUCAUUGUCAUCCCUCAUGUUUCGUCUCUUCUGCGGCCGGCGGGAUGAUACAUCUUGGUUUCUGAGUGAUCUGUCGCCAAGAUCGUGCCGUUGCGCGCGACGGCUAUCAUGUCAGCCUCAGCCCCUGAAUUCAAAUGGCUGCCCUGCUUCACUGGCUUCGCCGGCUGUGUGCGGGACAUCCUACUCGGAUGCCCUGAGCGAACCCUUUGUCGACGGAAGCGAACGACAUGUCUGACUUCCACCUCGUCGAGCCCAAGGGCUGGGAUUGCGACCUUCACUCGAUCUACUGUGCCUAUGUGGGCCACUUCCAGUUGCACAACAUUCCAUGGUUUGAACGGUCUUGGGGUGUAUUCUUCGAGACGUUCGAGGAUUUCCUCAACUUUGAGUGGCCCGUGAUCACCGUGACCGACGUCAAGACGGGUCGGCCGCACAUAGUGACGCGGAUGUCGUCGGUAGAUGCAUUCAACAAGAUGAUCAAGACGAGAUAUGGCGAGACUCUCCCCAAGGUCAACAACAUACACUUCGUGACGCCGUUCGAAACAAACCAGCGGCAUCUCCGCAAGAUCUCCGACGCAGCCACUUACAAGAAGGUGCAUGCUACGUUGCCUGCUGCCCUGCUUGCGGCGCAAAAGGCACGCGUGAAGAGCGGUGAACCCAAGACAGUCCGAGAGCUCUGGGACGCUAAGGACAAGACCUUCCUUUCCAUCGAUUUCGAAUGGUCGGAGCGCAACUCAUCGACUAUAUUAGAGUGGGGUUACGCGGCAAUGCGUUGCGGCGCACUUCACGAUGCUGAGGUAUGGCCGCCUAUUCCAGAACACAAUUAUAGACGGGGCCAUUACAUCGUCGGAGACCAUGUAGACCGGAUCGUGAACAAACACCAACCUACGUUUCCUUGGGCCUAUGCGUUCGCUGACAGCCAGGUCAUCCCUAAGGCCCAACUGUCUCGAGUCAUGCAAGCUAUCAUCAGUAGCCUUGCCAGCCCGGACUCAGAGACAACCCCAAACAAUCUCGUCCUUGUCGGGCACGGCCUGCACGAAGACCUACGCCGGCUGCAAGAGAUGGACAUCAAGAUCCCGAACAACGUCCUUACACUCGACACGGCAGCCUACGACGACAGCUCUUCGCAUCGGCCAGCGAACGCCAUGACAGACCCUUCCGGCAAGCCGCGCGCGCAGCAUACCACACUCUCCCUCACGAACCUGAUCAGGUCUCUCGGCGUCGAUCUCCGGUGCACCAUGCACAACGCCGGGAACGAUGCCAUGAUGUGUCUGCUCGCCCUUCAGCUCCUGCUCGAGCCCAGAGGUACAGAGAUGCCCAAGUGCCGCCCAAUAAAGGGUAGACUGGGCGUGCAAGCGGCAAUGGCCCUCCCCGUGCUGGAGCAGGAGUCCAGGACUACCGUCGAUGUCGCUCACGCCUUCGCCAGGAGGGUCGGCAAUGAAUACGACAAGGAGCGUGAGCGGGUCGGGGAGCUUGUCGGCGAGGCCGCGGGCGAGCGGGUACUUCGACAGAGCGCCAUCUCCGGCUCGUCAGCCUCCCCGGCACGCGUCGAAUGCGGGGCGGAGGAGCACCGUACCGAACCCGGAGCCGCUCACGGAGCUGCGGGUGGGAAUAGCUAGGAUUAUCCCUUGACCAGUUUACAGCACUUCGUUACAUACGCUUGCUAGAUUUGCACCAGACUUUUGCUUGGACGUUCUCUGAUGACUUCGCCGCCUACCCUCUUAGACACAUUGCAUCUACAUCGUUGUUAUCCAUGUCUG